GGGGAGGGAGGAGGGCAGCGUCGGACGGAGGUGAUGGGAGUGAGGUGAUGGGGAGGCUGAGGUGGAGAGUCAACCAGCUGGAGAAGGAAAAACUGGAGCUGACGUCCAACCACAACCAGGAGCUGUGCAGGCUGCAGGCGGAGCUGACCCGGCUGAGGUCCUCAGUGGAGCGAGGUGAAGCUCAGAGGGUGGAGCUUCAGUAUCAGCUGACCGUGAGCCAGAGAGACGUGGACCAAGCUGCCGAGCUCAGCAGAGACAAACACACACUCACAGAGCGAACAGCAGAGCUUCAGCAGAAAUUGCAGGAGCUGAACAAAGCUCUGGACAUCACCCGACAGGCCAUGGAGGAGGACCAGCAUGCUUUGCAGCAGGAGGUUGAGGAACGAGACAAACUGAUUCAAAGUUUCAGCUCCGAAAACCAGCGACUCCACCGACUACUGCAGGAUCAGGAGGAGGCUCUGGAGGAGUCAGAGAGGAGGCUGGCAGAGGUGCAUAAGGAGAGGGAGAAGGACGCCGAGGCGAACAGACGACAGGCCGACGAACUGAAAUACCUGAUGGAGAGAGAGGAGAGGGGAAGGAGGGAGAAGGAGGCGUCAGAUCAGUGGGUGAGGUCUCUGGAGUCGAGCGUCGAGGCGGAGCGAGCAGCUCACCUGGAGUCCAAGUUUAACUCUGAGAUCAUCCAGCUACGGGUACGGGACCUGGAGGCGGCGGUGUCGGUGGAGCGGUCCGGCCAGCAGGAGGCGCAGCGCAGCCUGGAGCUGCUGAGGGCUCAGUUCAGAGAGGUGGAGAGAGCUUACAGCCUGGAGAGAGAGAGGAGCGACAGCACUGAGCGCGCUCUGGAGCGGUUGCAGGCAGAGUACGAGCAGUGUAAGUCUGACCUGAGCGAUGCUUUGGAAACUGAGAGGAAGACGACCUCUGACCUCUCAGAAAGGCUGGAGGAAGAAGAGAAACAACACGCCAACACACGCUCACUGCUGGAGCAGGCAACUAAGGGGCAGUCUGAUACUGAAGAGGCACGUGUGAACUUUGUGCAGAAGGUCAGAGAAACACUCCAACAACACAGCAGCUCAAGUACAGGCUGCGUUCUACCUGCAAAGCAUGAUGGGAAACAGAGUCCUUCUGCUGACGUCCUGCAGCUGCUGAAGGCGACGGUUGGCAGCUACCGCCAGAGUGUGGAGGGGACUGAGAAGCAGGUCCAGGAUCUGCUUUUAGCGUCAGAGAUGCUGCAGCAGGAGAACCAGACUCUCCGACAGCUGACCUCAGAUCAGAGCAGACGGCUCGAGGACUCUCAGCAGGUGUUGGUCAAACUGGAGGAGGAGCUGACUCGCCUUCGCCAGGAGAGCUCUGAUUGGUUGACGCAGAGCCGUGAUCUGCAGGCCACGCUGCAGAAAGAGAGGGAGGAGAGUGAGAGAGAGAAGGAGAAGGAGAGGGAGCAGAGGAUGGCAGAAGUCCAGAAGAUAACUGACCACUACCAGAAAGAGUCAGAGGCCUGUCUGUCCUUCCUCUACUGUCUGUACCAGCGCCUUCUGGCCGGCUGCGUCCUCCUCAAUCAGCCCCACAGCAUCCUGGGUAAUUUCACCUGGAAGGAGCUGUGCGAUGUCAUCAACGAACAGGUCGACCGGCUGACCUCUGACCUCCAGAAGGCCAAAAGCAAGAUCGCCCACCUGCAGAGUGUGUGCGAGAAGAAGAGCGCGUGUGUGCGCGAGCUGCAGCGCAGUCAGGAGUGUGUGUUGUCUCGUCUGGAGGAGAGUGCGAUGAGGAGGGAGGAGGCCUGGAGCAGCCGACACGCACACACUGUGACACAGCUGCAGAACGAGCUGCAGGUGUGUCACUCUCAGUGCGAAUCUUUCCGUGAUCACAUUUCCUCUCUGGAGCGCCACUGCUCCUCCCUGACCUCUGACCUCUCCCGGCUCCAGGGCCUCGUCUCUCGAAGCCGUAAGGAGUCGGCCUCCUUCCUGUCAGCAUGCGCCUUGCUGGCCGGGGUAUUAAAACACACCCACCGCCGUCUGCAAACACUCUGUGAGCAGAAAACCCUCCUUUCCAGACGUCUGGCAGAGAGGGAGGCGCUGGAGGAGGAGGUGAGGAGGCUGGCUGACGCUCUGGGAGGUGAGGAAGAUGAGGUGGAGGGAGAGGAGGAAAGAGGAAGGAGGGCAGUGAGGAGAUGGAGGAGGAGUGUGUGUGUGGUGUUGGCGGUGAGGAGGUGGUGUGCACUGGCUCAAAAGACAACAGUGUUGUUUCGGCUGGAGAGAGGAGGCGGCAGUACGGCUGUGUGCGUCUGUGGAGAGUCAGCUACGGCAACACAGAAGGGUCAAGACAUAUUGAGUGCAGAUAAUGAUGAUGACGGUGAUGAAGGUCGUAAAGGAUUAUGUGCCCGGUGGCUUCGCUCUAAAUGUCUCUCCUCCACCAUAAAGUCCUCCAUGGCCGACCUGCAGGGGGCGCUAGCACACACUGGCUCCUCCCCUCCAGACAUGAUGUCAGCAGCUCGUUCAGGUUUGUCCCGCCUCCUGGAUCACCUUUUUGACCAAUCAGACGCAGCGUCCUCCAGAGCGGACGAGGACACGCCGAGCGGCCGGCUUAGACUCGGCCUGGACAGUCUGACACCUCCACAACCCAACAUAAAGGCCCUGGUGUCCACCCUCCAGCAGCAAUUCCUGCUCUUCAGCCAACGACUGCACUCGGCCGAGGUGGAGAGGCGGAGUCUGAGGCUGGAGGUGGCCAAUCUGAAGAGAGGACUGCGACAGGGGAGAGAGGACACCUGCAGGACGGUCCCAGCUGAGCGUUUUCGCAGUGUGUGCGUGGAGCUCCGUCAGGCUCUGAACAGAGAGCAGGAGGCUCAGACGCUGAUCCAGGAACAGACCAACCAGCUGCACGCGCUGCAGCUGCGAGUCAACGCACACACCUCCGAGCAGACCGACACACAACACACACUGAGCCAGACCACACAGGCUCUGUUGGAGGCUCGGCAGGAGGUGAGUCGGAAGGAGCGCUCGCUGAGGAUUCUGGGUAAACACCUGUCAGGUGUUCAGAGGGAGAGGAAGCAGCUGGAGGAGAGACUGCAGCGAGCCGAGGACGAGCUGAGGGACGCCGCCCGACGUAAGGAUUGUCUGAUCAGCUGCAUGAAGGCUGCAGAGACGAGCUACAAGGAGGUCAGGGAAAGUCUCGUCCAAUCAUGGCGGUCGCAGUCAGCUCAGCCCCGCCCCCUGCCGUUACCAAGGGAACACCUGGAGCUGAGAGGAGCAGAGAGCAUCAUGGGAGCUCCUGAGGUGGCAGCGUGCCAGAGUCUUCUCUCCGUCGUCUCUCAGGUCUGUCACACCUGCAGCUCCAGGAUCGAUUGGUUGGAGCAGGAAGUCUCUGCCCACCGCAGUCACGUGACCGCCCUCCGCGGCGAGCUGCAGGACGCCUGUCUCCGUGACAACAUGGCUUUCGUCCCCGUGACUGAGUUUCCAGAAACCCUCCUGUUCGAUGACGUGGAAACACCUCAAGCUGUUCCCCUCGCUGAUUUCUCAAAGGACCCACCAAGACCGAAAAAGGAAAAUAAUCCACAAAAUCAUGAGGAGAAAAGACAAAUAUUUUCAUUUGUUUGGAUUAUUACAAUUUCUGCAGGAACUGGAAGAGGAGCCACAUUUUUCACGUGUGUGGCGGCAGGGCAGGUGCCCUACUGUCACCCUGAUUCAAUCUGACCCUCAGGGGGGGAACCUUCCUCCCAGCGGGAAGCUGUUUCCCAGGGGACACAGAGUCUGACGGACACAUCAAGGACAGGUGUCUUGUUUAUUUCUUUUCCUACUUGUGCUCUGCAGAGUCCCUCACUUCGUCGGCCAACGGCUGAAAGAACAAGCAGUGGUUACAGUGGGGAUCCGUCAAGAGAAAACAAAAGACAGGAAACACGGACUGAUCUGACUGAUCGUGUUCAGCUUCUCCCCAAACAAUCGCCCAAGUUGCUUUCGUGUUAGUGCUCGACUUCUCCUUGAGAAACAGUCCCGUAUUCUGCCGUCAGUU